ACGAAAAUAUUUUGAUUACACACACGCACUUGUUAGAUUAAAAAAAUAUGACAAAAAUAAUAGAAUUACGUCCAAAAAAAAAUUUAUUAAACAAUAAAUUUGAAAAAUAUCAAUUUUCAUCUGAAAUUGUUCCAAUAACCAAACAAAUAGAUUUAUCUAAACAUGUCAAGCACAAAGAACCAUCAAGUGAUCAAGACUCAUGGUUAGAAGCUAAACUAUUCGCAUUUCAUAAUCAUCUGUUUAAAAAUCCAUAUGAUUCUUCAUGCUGGUUCUGGGACGAAGACUAUCAAGUCUGGCAAUUAAAAGAAGAUGGAACUCUUAAUCAAAUAAAAACAACACAACCAUCAUUUGUUAAUGAUUCGUGUAAAUUUAAUCCGACAAUAGCUUUUGCUGAUGACAAUAUUGUUGUUCUGUCACGUGGUGACACAACCGUUGAAAUAAUUAUGAUUAAUUUUGAGUCUAAAUCACUGGUAAUUCAAAAUGUUGAACCGGGAGUUUUACUCGAUGCUCGUUAUGUUAAAGAAAAAAAUUUAUUGAUUAUAUCAAUGUACACAAUUGUCACAAUUGAUGGAAAAAAACACUCAAAGUUAGUUUUGCUGUCUUAUAAAUUUAAAAACACCGCAAAUUUAUCUGAUGGUAUUGAAAUUUAUCAGAAACAAGAGUUGGCAAUGAAAGGUCCCAUUGAAUAUGUUUUUAUCGAACCCAAUGGCGAGUAUAUAAAUUUAUUAAGUCAAGACCCAGCUAAAUUUACUUACGACUCAUUGAAAAGUAUUCAAAAUAAAGAUAGUAAUGAAGUUAAUAAAAGUAACGAUAUAAAAAUACCUAAAUAUUCUUGGUCACAGGAUGAAGAAUCUUUAACAGUUUGGGUUAAAAUUCCGCAAAAGUACAAGGGGAAUAAGCCUAAAGUUAAAGUAUCAGCAACGGAAAUUUCAGUUGUCAUUGAAGAUGAGAUUUUAAUUAAUGGAGAAGUACCUUUUCGUCUUGAUUACGACUUAGCGACUUGGAACUGCGAAAACGAUACAUUAAAAUUAGAAUUAAUGAAACAGGAAACAGGACAAAUGUGGAAUGAAUUAAUUAAAAAUGAUACUGACGGUGAAUGUUUACCUAAUGAUGCAUUAGCUUCUGAAAUCCAUUCAAGACUGGCUCAUUUGUGUUCAGAUCAACAAAGUAACAGCAGUGACCAACCAGCUAUAGGUUUCAAUUCUGAACAAUUGGAAGAAUGUGAUUUAGAAGGAGGUGAAAAUACAUUACAAAGAAUAAAUUUAACAAAUCAUACGACAACACAUUUAACAAUACUGACUUCACACAACCGUAUAUUAUUUACUCAUAAAUUAAAAACAUGUCAAGUUCUCUGCGUGCGUUAUAAUCACGAUGGCUGUGUAUGGGAAUCUAUUGACAAAGGCGCAGAAUGGGAGUUAGUUCAUAAAAAUAUUUUUCCUGGUUUUGGUUACGUCGAGGCCAGUAAAACAAACAAAAAAUUUUGUAUAUCACCGUGUAACUGCAGUUAUGUUGCGAUUAUUGAACACAAGAAACAUGGAUUUUUGUAUGAAAAACCUCAACAAAAUGCUCUGAUUGCUAAACAAAAAAUAAUUGAUUUAGGUGUUGACUCAACGGCAAUAAUGGGCGCUAUUGCAACAGAUAAUUUUAUUAUUUUAUUAACUCAAGAUAAACUGUAUAAAUUAAAUGUUUCAUAA